AUGAAGAAGAAGGUUUCGGGAGAUAUUCGUGCUCUAGUUGAGCAUUGCGUAAAGACCAACGAGAGAUGCAUAUUCUUUAUAGUUGGAGAUAAAAGUAGAUUCCAAGUGGCAAAUUUACAUUAUUUGCUACAGAGAUUGGUAGGAAAGAAGCCAAACGUACUAUGGUGUUAUAAAAAAUCAUUAGAAGUGUCAUCGCAUCAGAGAAAGAGACAAAAGUUAGCAAAUAAAUUGGCGAAAAAAGGGUUAUACGAUGAAAACACAGAAUCACCGUAUGAACUGUUUUUAAGAACGACAGAUAUAAAAUACGUAUACUACAGAGAUUCACAAAAAGUACUUGGGCAAACAUUUAGCGUAUUAGUGUUACAGGAUUUUGAAGCACUAACACCGAACGUGCUCUGUAGAACAAUAGAGACAGUGGAAGGAGGAGGAAUGAUAUGUAUAUUGCUGAGAACAAUGGAAUCGCUGGAGGACCUGUAUAACAUCACGAUGGACGCACACUCGAAGCUGUGCUCAUACAAGCACGACAAGGUGGAGCCGAGGUUUGUGAGAAGGUUUGUGCUGUCACUGUCAAGUUCGAAGAACACAAUGGUGGUGGACGACGAGUUGAACAUACUGCCGAUAUGCAAAGGAGGGCUGACGGAAGUGGACAAGAGAGACCCGAGGAAGAAGCUGAACAAGCUGAUAAGUAAGCUGACAAGCGAGGAGUAUGCGCAUGAAAAUUACUACGUAUUGAAGAAGCUGUCGAGUUUAGCAGUGACAUAUAGCCAGCUGAAGGCACUGAUAGCACUGCUUAACGUGAUCCUGGAAGGAGUGGAUAGGAAGAUAGUGACGCUGCUGAGCGACAGAGGAAGAGGAAAGUCAGCAACAAUAGGUCUCUUCCUGUCAUCAGCACUGCACCUGGACUUCAGAAACAUACUGAUAGUGGCGCCGAACGUGGAGAACGUGGCGACGCUAUUCGAGUUCCUGCAGAAGGGACUGAAGAGCCUGGGAGUGGAGGAGCACGUAGGGUACACGCUGGUGAGGACGGAAGGGUACGCAAGUUACCUGAAGCUUAACAGAAGAAACAGCGGAGUUAAGUUUAUGCGCUCGACGGACAUAAAGAACGCGGACGAGUUCGUAAAGAUGUUCUCAUGGGACAUCCUGAUCAUAGAGGAGGCGGCGUCAAUACCAAUGCCGAUAGUUGACACACUGUGCUCGAAGGGAAUAGUGAUCAUAUCAUCGACAACGGGAGGAUACGAAGGAACGGGAAGGUCAAUAUCGCUGAAGCUGGUGCAGAAGUUUAAGAAGACGCUGAGCGAAAGCAUGCUCUCGGAGGUGGUGCUGAAGCAGCCAAUAAGGUACGCGAAGAACGACCCAAUAGAAGCCUGGCUGAACAAGCUGCUGUGCCUGAACACGUCGAAGGACGAGGAGGUCGACGCAGUGAAGGGGGACAUCCAGGUGCCGCAGAAGUGCAAGUUCCUGCUAGUGAACAGGAACCUGCUCUUCUCGCACCACCCGUACACGGAAAAUUUCCUGAAGAAGCUGACGUACACGCUGUCGUCGUCGCACUACAGGAACUCGCCGGACGACCUGUUGCUGCUGUCAGACGCGCCGGCGCACAAAAUCAUGGUGCUGGCGUACGUGAAGACGUCGGAGAAGACUGACCACAGGUCUGCGAGAGAGGAUGGAGUGAAUCACGGCCAAUCUAGACAAAAUGUUAAGGAUAAGGACUCGGAAGAGGAGGAAGCGGAAGAGGAGGAAGAUGACGGGCUGAAGAUUAUGUGCGUACUUCACGUUGCGUUGGAAGGGUCGAUAGGAAAGGAAGCAGUGAAAAAGGCAGUGACGAGAGGACUGAAGCCAUCAGGAGACCUGAUACCGUGGACAGUGACGCAGCACUUCUGCACGGACAACUUCAGCCAACUAAACGGAAUAAGAAUAGUGAGGAUAGCAGUGCCGCAAAACCUGCAGAGCCUGGGUUACGGCUCGGAAACGAUAAGGCGGCUGCUCAAGUACAGGAACCUGGUGGCGUCGGUGAAGGAGGACCAGGACACGCUGCUGACGAACCUGGACGAGUUGGCAUUGGAAGACGAGUAUGAAACGAUGCCGGAGAACGUCUACGAAAACAUGGGAGCCGCCUACGAGAACAUGAACCAGAUCCACUACGUGGGCACGUGCUUCGGAGUGAGCGCUGGGCUUGUUAAGUUCUGGAAGAGGCUGGGCUUCAGCGCAGUGUACAUGAGGCAGGUGCCGAACGAAGCCACAGGGGAGUUUUCAGCAAUCAUGCUCUACAACACGUCGAAGCGGAAGGAUCAGUUGGAGGACGCAAAGGGCGGCGGCGGAAGGGGGCACCGGGGUGAAGACUGGCUCGAGCCGUUCACAAAGGACUUCAGCCAGAGGAUGCUGGCGCUGUCGGCGAGCUGCUUCAGGCACCUGAAGUGCACGACGAUACUGUCACUGCUGAGCGGACAGAAGCACGUGUAUAGCACGAGCCAGGUUCAAGAAUCGGCCUCAGACCAGGCAGAGGAGGGGGAGGUGCCGAGUGAGGACAAAGCCUUCAUAUUAUCGCUCAUGAAUUCGCACGAUUUCGGGAGGCUGGAGCGCUACGGGAAGCAGCUGGCGGAGUUCACAAUAGUCACGGACCUGAUACCGAAGAUAGCAUUCCUCUACUUCACAGGGAGGCUGAAGGUUAAGAUAUCGUUCCUGCAAUCGUGCAUACUGCUGGCGCUAGGGUGUCAGCACAAAUCAGUCAAUGAGGUGACGGAGGAGCUGAAGAUGCCGCUGAACCAAGUGAUGGCUCUGCUCCAGAAGGCAGUGGUAAGGUUUUCUAAAUUUUUCAACACCCUGGAGACCAGCAUGAACGACAACGGGCCAUAG